UGGUGGCUUGAGGGUGCUAUUGGAUUUAGUGGAGGAAAAGGCUGUGGUGGUUGUUGGGUGGAGAAAAAUAGUUGGACGAGCUAGAUCGGGUAGAGGAAUAGCAACUAGAGAGGUCAUCAAAUGGAAAUUGAAGGGCUGGAUCGACUCGAACAACAUCGUGAAGGCUACUAGAUGGACGAUGAUGGUUGUUGCAUGA